AUGGAGGGUGCUGGGAGGCUCGUUGACGAUGUGGAGGAAACAGGCGCAGCUGCAGCGACGCUGGGCGUGUGGUUCCAGCGGGUGGUCCGAGCUUUGCUUGACGUACAACCAGACGACUUCGGCGAUGACUGGCUACGACUACGACAACACGCUCCAGUUUCAGUGCUCCUGGUAUGGAACUUGUCGAGAAUGGCUGAUCUGGAAGGUCUCUCCCAUGCCCGCGCGAUUCUCCUGGCAACUCAUCUCUGCGCCAGCGGUAAUGUCACAGCCUUGCCACGACUGCACGCCCAGUUCCCAGAAUGUCUCCCGUUGGAGCGCCUCUUGCGCAUCAUACUGACCUUCCUCCCUGAAAGCACGGAGCCUCAACAUUAUACGACAGUAGUUCAGGUACUUGCAGAUGGUGUCCAGUCUCAGUUGUUGGAUGGGGAUGUCGAUGUUUCUUCCGUGGAAGAUCUGUCUGAGGCAGUUGCGAGGAAACGAGUACGAAAGCUUCAUUUACUUCCUCUGAAGUAUCCCUUCGGGGAAGAGGAAGAUGAUACAGAUCCUCUGACCCAGUUUCUGAUCCACCGGGCGCAUCGAAUCGAUUCCGAAACCUCUCUGCAGCCGUUAAUACUUGGCCUCCUGGCUCCGUUUUACGAGCGAUUACCGAUAAUUCGGACAUGGCUGAUCUCUAGUCUGCUGCCGUUGUUUCGUUUGAAUUAUGAAUACUACCCCAACAACGAUGAAACACUAUCUUUGGAUGUACUAGAAUCUAUGGAUGAGAACACCGCUAUCAACGUACUCUUGUCGAUGACGGGACCGCGUAAAGAUAGCACCGAUUUGGUCAAGAAUUUGCGUGGACUCGUUGGUCCCAGGAUGUAUGGCAGCAAGCGAUUGAAAAGACGGAAGCUUAGCGAGACUACACGACGUAAUUCUCUUUCCUUUCCUCAAGACGAAACUACAUCGCAAGUACUGGGCCAGUCGGGCUGGGAGACUGUCGACGAGUGGCUACUGUCGCGGAGCCUUGUUGACUAUGGAACCGUCACAGGCGCAUUCGCCAACUGGGAUGGACCAGAAGAUGUGGACCUGGGAGGCUACGAGGAUGGCCAUCAGCAGGUGUCAGAUAAUGAACGCGCAGAUUUACGGACCCGAUACGGUCAGACCGGACUGGCUAUUGUAUACGCGAAUUCGGAUACUAGCAAAGCUGCUCUGGAUGGCGCGAUUCAAAUAGUCUCACGGGUGGCUAAGCUGCUCGACCUUGAGGAGUUUUCGACCUUUCCGGGUGGUCAGGGCCUCCCUUCUCUAAGCUUUGAUGUGGCUGCUAUCUCUUCAAGCUCAAGAGCGUCUCUACUGCAGAAUGCGCUGCUCGUCCCUUCAAACCCCUUGACACACCCUUCGACGUCGUCGAUUUCUUUCCUCAGAGCCGUACUUGCUUCUCUAAAAGUCGCUGGUGAACUGGGUCACUCCAUUCCCUGCAGGCUAGCUACAAGCAUGUGCCUUCAUAGUAAUGAGGAUACGCAGUUGCUGGAGUUGCGAAACAUUGUUGCAUCUAUCACCAAGCAAACCAAGCAAAUUCGUGACUGGAGUAAGAUCCGUCAACGGCUACUCUGGCUCAGAGGUUGGCGUGUAGAUCAAUUGGCGGACGCAAAAGACUACCAUGGUCUUUUUUGGAAGGUACCGCUGGAAACUGUGGAAACAGAGAUCUUAAAAACGUUACUGGCUGUUAGAGAGUACAAAUUGGCAGUGGACAUCUACGUGAACACAAAGCCUGCUCCUCUUAACCCUGAACAGGUGGAAACGGCUGUCAGAGAUGCGAUUUUCGUGGCAUAUGACAAUGCGAGCAACGGGAAUAGAACACGAGGCGGAAUGAAGAAGGCAUAUGAUAUCCUUCAGACCUUUCAGCCUCAUUUUCCAAAUUCCCCGUCUUUCAGGCAGAUCCAGGCUUUGAUCUCGGCCACUCACGCCCUCUCUUUCUACUCCCUCACUUUACAGCAUGGCGUUCCCUUCCAGCCUGUCAGCAUACGCGUGCAUCCAGAUCCCCUUUCCUUGAUCGAAAAAGUGCUGGAUCAGAACCAGAAAAGCUACACGAAACUCGACGACCUCUUGUCCAUAGGGAGAAGUCUGGCUGCGGCUGGGCUCCCUAUCUAUCCAUCAUCCAUCGGUGACGCCCAUAAUGAACAGCUUCUUACCCCUCUGCAGGGCGAUGAUGCGUCUGCCACGGUAGAAAGGCGCAUUAUAUCCCUAUCCAUUUCGUCAGCUCUCUCUGCCAACGAUUUCGGUACCGCGUACUCCUACAUCCUGACCCGCCUCACGCCCCCAUCCCUCCUUCCUACUACGUCAGCAUCCACAAGCCUUGCCCCUGUCAAAGAUGAUAUAUCGUGGCGAGCAGUGUACAAUGCAGGCCGGUACCGGUCUCCGACACUAUCAUCAGCAACAGCCAGAUUACAAUCGCAGAUCAGCCACCUCUCGCAACGCAUGGAGCUCCUCUCCCUCGCUCUAGUUCUUGCCCCGACCCCGGACCCGCUACCCGAAAUCCUAGGUGCAUGGCGACGUUGCGACGAGGAAAUGAGCGUCCUCCAGGCCCGUGAAGCGGAAGAGUCAGACACCUGGGACACAAAGGGAGACGCUCUCACAACGAUUCCGGGAGGAUUCGGCCCCUCAGACCACGAACGGGACGCAUUCGAAACAGAACAACAGCGUGCUAAACGCGCACGCGCCAGACGAUCGGGCUCCUAUUCCCACCGUGAUGACGGCGAGGAAGAAGCGCCAAUGGGACUCUUCGAAGUCGCUCGAGGUGCAGCUAUGGCAUUCCGGAAGAACGCAUUCCCCCUCCACGAUGCCGCAUCCGCAAGAUCAUCUAUAGACAGCGGUACACCUGCUACAAGUAUCUUCGAAGGCCAGCAGCAGCAGCAGCAACAACGACCUGAAGAAGGCAGAGUCCGCAAACGAGACGUCGUCAGUAACAUGGUUACGGGCGGAUUGGUCAGCGGUAUUGGAUGGGUCCUGGGUGCUCAACCUGUCAAUCACAGAGAGCAUUAA